AUGUCUUACGUGGGGGUACGAUGUCUUAACCGGUCGCUAUUAAGACCAUUUGGAACAAGGGGAUUUUUUGAUCAAUUGAACCCUUUCCAUGAAAUAAAAACUCAAAAAUAUGUACUGCCGAAGAUAAUCCAAGGUACACCAUCACAAGUAUAUGAUGUCGUCUCUGAAGUGUCAAAAUAUCAUGAGUUCAUACCAUAUUGCGAAGACUCCUUUGUAAACGAGCGCGAUGACUCCAAUAAACCUAAAGUGGCAGGUUUGAGAGUUGGUUUCAAACAAUAUGAUGAAAGAUUUGUAUGUGAUGUUGAUUGCAAGUCUAAGGUGAGUGGUAAGGAGGUUUACGUUGUGCGAGCAGAGUCACUUUCACACAAUUUGUUUGAUAUUUUAUCCUCGCAAUGGACAAUAAGCACGCACCCGACUAGAAAGGAUGCCUCUACAGUUGAGUUAUUACUAAAAUUUAAAUUUAAAUCACGGUUAUACAAUAGUAUAUCUUCGAUAUUUGCAAAAAGUGUAACCGAACUAGUCAUGGAUGCCUUUGCUAGGAGAGUUUAUCACUUAAAGAAAGCCGCAGUACUCGAAAACCCACAAUGA